GUGAGAACUGGAGAAAAGAAAAAAGAAAAAAGAAAGACUCGAGGAGAACUGGGUGAAGACAGACGGUAAACUGGAGAUUUGGUAUCCUCAAAAUAACAGUAUCAUAUAUCCAUUUCAGAUAGCAAUCAGAAAAGAACCGUCAGAAUCCCAACUCGGCAAAAGCUCUGCGGUUGUUACCAGAUUGAUGAAAAAGAAGUCUAGUCCAGAUGGAUAAUUUACCAGAUGAAUUACUCUUGGAUAUUUUGGGAAGGAUUAAGAGAACCACUGAUAGGAGUUCUGUAUCCCUAACUUGCAAACGCUUCCACAAAUUGGCUAAUGGGCUGAGGACAUCUAUCCGCGUGGGGUGUGGUUUACAUCCUGCCUCUGAUGCGUUAACUGCUCUAUGCAACAGAUUCUGUAACUUGGAGAAAGUGGAAAUUAUCUACUCUGGUUGGAUGUCCAAGUUAGGGAAGCAGUUGGAUGAUCACGGCCUUCUCAUUCUUUCAAGUCAUUGCCCUUCGCUCAAGGACCUCGUGUUGAGUUAUUGUACUUUCAUUACGGAUGCUGGUCUGAGUUACUUGGCUUCAUGCUCGAAACUUGCUUCCUUGAAGUUGAACUUUGCCCCCAGAAUUACUGGUUGUGGCAUCCUGUCUCUCGUUGUGGGCUGCAAAGGCCUCAUUGUGCUUCACCUGAUUAGGUGUCUUAAUGUCAGUAGUAUGGAGUGGCUAGAAUAUCUUGGAAACCAUGAAAUUCUUGAAGAUCUUUGCAUCAAAAAUUGUAGGGUGAUUGGAGAAGGUGAUUUGAUUAAGCUAGGGUCUACUUGGAGAAAAUUGAAGAGACUGCAAUUUGAGGUUGAUGCCAACUAUAGAUACAUGAAGCUUUAUGACCGUUUGGCAGUUGAUCGGUGGCAAAAGCAAUGGAUCCCAUGUGAGAACAUGCUUGAACUUAGCUUAGUGAACUGCGUUAUCAGCCCUGGGAGAGGGCUUGCAUGUGUUAUAGGCAAGUGCAAGAAUUUGGAAAAGAUUCACUUAGACAUGUGUGUUGGGGUGAGGGACUGUGACAUCGUAUGUUUGGCCCAGAAAUCAAGCAACCUUCGAUCAAUCUCUCUCCGGGUUCCAUCAGACUUCUCCCUUCCUCUUCUACAAAACAAUCCGUUGCGGUUAACAGAUGAAAGUCUAAAGGCAGUGGCUCAGAACUGCUCUCUGCUUGAUACAGUUAGGUUGUCUUUCUCUGACGGGGAGUUCCCCUCAUUUUCGUCCUUUACAUUAAAUGGAAUACUAAUGUUAAUACAAAUGUGUCCAAUAAGAGAACUUGCUCUUGACCAUGUGUAUUCUUUUAAUGAUGUUGGAAUGCAAGCUCUUUGUUCGGCACAAUAUCUCCAAAUCUUGGAACUUGUGAGGUGCCAAGAGAUCACAGAUGAGGGCCUGCAGCUUGCUGGCCAAAUUCCUCAAUUGUGUAUAUUACGGCUGAGGAAGUGUUUGGGAGUGACUGAUGAUGGGUUAAAGCCUCUUGUUGGAUCUUACAAGUUAGAGUUGUUGGUUGUGGAGGAUUGUCCACAGAUAUCAGAAAGGGGUGUGCAAGGAGCUGCAAAGUCAGUCUCCUUCAAACAAGAUUUGUCAUGGAUGUACUAAGUUUCCCCAUUUGUAAAUAUUUUUCCAGAUGUUGUACAGGUUAGGUUAUUGUGUCUGUUCGACCUUUUGUACAGUCACUCGUUUCAUUUUGUUCCAUAACUAUUCUGUAAUCUGCAUCACGAAGUUCGAUUUGUCCACAUGUUGCAUAAUAAACAUUAACCUGAGGUUCUGUUGUGAA